UGUCAGCUGUGACGCAGGAAGAAAAGAAGACGCCGAUGGUAGAAGAAAUGGACUCCGACAGAGAUUUAAAGUGUCGGAUGUGGAUCGGAAAAGAAAUCUUUGGCUAUAGAAUUAGUGUACCAUGGAUUAUUCUGUGUGUCAUUGGCUACUGUAUAUCAGGUGGGAUUCUUCUGCUUCUCUUCUAUUGGAAGCCUGAGUGGAGUGUCUGGGCAAACUGUGUCCCCUCAUCUUUGGAGAAAGCCAAUGUGGUUUUACUGAGGACAACUGAUGAAAGGAAAAAAUACACCAGAAAGAAAGUGCGCUGGAUUAUCCUUGACUCCUUCAAGCACUCACUUGAAUGUGACUCACAAUGUUCUGUCAUGUCUGAUAAAAACUCUAUAGUAAAUAGAGCAAUAAGGAGGCCAGAUAUCAAAGUCAGGUUCAUAAGGGUUCAGAAAAUUCGAUUUGUCUGGGAUUAUUCUAAAAAGAAAUUUGAAAAGAUUGGGACUUUGGAGGAAGAACACUCUUGUCAUAGCAUUCAUACAAAAUAUGGAUCUGGACUGAAAAAAGAAGAACAAGACAUCAGACGACUUGUGUGUGGACACAACACUAUUGAAGUUGAAGUGGCUCCCCUGUGGAAAUUAUUAAUUAAUAAAGUGUUAAAUUUGUUUUACAUCUACCAGUUCUUUACUGUGGUCCUGUGGCUGGCUGAAGGGUAUUUAGGUUAUGCUAUUGCCAUCCUCCUCUUGUGUAUAUGUACAAUCACCUUAUCUCUCAUGGAACUUAGACAGCAAUCUAGUAAACUUCACAAUUUGGUCAAAGGUCAUAAUAGCAUGAAGGUGAAUGUACUGCGGAGAGAUGAAGAUUGCAGUCAGUUUGAAUCUCGGCUUUUAGUUCCAGGGGACAUUAUUAUUUUAACUGGCAAAAAUUUUUUCAUGUCAUGUGAUGCCAUAUUAAUUAAUGGAACAUGUAUUGUCAAUGAGGGAAUGUUAACAGGUGAAUGUAUACCUGUGACAAAAACGCAGCUGCCACAUGGAGAUGACACAAUGCCAUGGAAAAAGUACAGUGGAGAAGAUUAUAAGCGCCAUGUCUUGUUCUGUGGUACUGAAGUGAUAAGAACUGAAUCUACUGUACAAGGUCCAGCGAGAGCUGUAGUCCUAAGGACUGGUUUCAAUACAACUAAAGGGGAUAUGGUGCGCUCCAUAUUAUAUCCAAAACCCUUAAACUUUAAGCUGCACAGAGAUGUUAAAUGGUUUUUCAUAUUUUUGGGAAUUCUAGCCAUUAUUGGCAUUUUAUAUGCAGUGAUAAUAUUUGCACAGAGACAGGUUUCAGCAUGGAGAAUUAUUGUUGAGGCACUUGUGCUUUUAACAUCUGCAAUUUGUCCAAUAAUACCUGCAGCUUUAACAGUUGGCAUUCUAUACGCUCGGAGCAGAUUAAAGAAAAAGACUAUAUUUUGUAUUAGUCCAGAUAGAAUCAAUAUGUGUGGCCAGCUCAACCUCUUCUGUUUUGACAAAACUGGCACUUUAACAGACGAUGGGCUUGACUUAAUGGGUAUAAUACAAUCUGGAGGAACAUGUUUUCAGGAAAUGAUUAACCAUAACCAGAUGAAUGAAGUUUCCUGGGGACCCUUUUUUGGUGCUAUGGCAAGCUGCCACUCAGUGAUCACAGUUGAUGGAAAUUUACAAGGUGAUCCUUUGGAUCUGAAAAUGUUUGAAGCAACAUGCUGGGUGUUAAAAGAUACUAAUGAAGAUUGCAACAAAGAAAAUGUUUCCCAGAAUAUGGUUGUCCAGCCUGGGCCAAAGGCAUGGAUUAAUUCAGUGAAAGGUAUAAAUGUUUUGUAUCAGUAUCCCUUCUCCUCUGCCUUGCAACGUAUGUCUGUCAUCACUGAGGUCAUUGAAGGAGAUGAGUUGAUUGUAUACAUGAAGGGAGCUCCGGAGAUGGUGGCCAGUUUUUGCAGGCCAGAAACAGUCCCUACAGAAUUUUCGAGUGUACUGGAAGUGUACACUUUUCAGGGCUUACGAGUAAUUGGAGUAGCAUACAAAAUUCUUAAAAGUGGAAAUCGCGAUGAUUUGGACAGCAUUAAUAGGGAGGAAGUUGAAAGUGACAUGGAUUUCCUUGGUUUGCUCAUACUAGAAAAUCGUCUCAAGCCAGAGACUAAGCCUGUCCUGGAUGAACUGAAUGCUGCCAACAUUAGGACUGUUAUGAUUACAGGUGACAACAUACAAACGGCAACUACAGUUGCAAAGAACUGUGGAAUGAUUCCUGAGAACAGCAAAGUGAUUUUAGUGGAAGCUCAAGGUCCUAAUAGUGAUGCCCCAGCUUCUGUCUCUUGGAAACUUUUGGAAUAUCCACAGAAGGCAAAAAGUGAUAUGUUUUUACAGGAAAUAUCCAUCAAUGUUGAAGAUGUCUUGGAUGGCAAAACACAAAAUAUUGUCAAUAGUGAUUAUCAUUUUUCAAUGAAUGGGAAGACUUAUGAAAAUCUAGAGAAACACUUCCCUGACUUGUUACCAAAAUUAAUAAUGAACGGCACAGUUUUUGCAAGAAUGUCUCCUGGGCAGAAAUCAGCAAUAAUAGAUGAUUUUCGAAAGCUUGACUACUAUGUUGGGAUGUGUGGAGAUGGAGCUAAUGACUGUGCGGCUCUAAAAAUGGCCAACGCUGGAAUUUCAUUGUCAGUGCUAGAGGCCUCGGUAGCAGCUCCUUUUAACUCUCAUGUUACCAAUAUUCAAUGUGUCCCAGAAUUACUAAAAGAAGGAAGAGCAGCCCUUGUCACAUCUUUCUGCAUGUUUAAAUACAUGUCUAUGUUUGGAUUGAUUGAAUAUAUCAACACUUUACUCCUCUACUGGCAACGAAACAUCUUUGGGAAUAAUCAGUUUCUCUUUCAUGACUUUGCUAUCAUGUUUGUUAUUUUCUUAACAAUGAGUUCAACACCAGCGUACCAUAAACUUGCACCUUAUAGACCUCCAGGACAACUGAUUUCUCCAUCUAUGCUGCUUUCUGUGGUGUUCAAUGUUCUAUUCACAAUAGCUAUGCAGACAUACGCAUUUCUCAUAGUCCAGGAGCAGCCGUGGUACAACAAAUAUGAUCUUUACAGUGCCUGUUAUCCAGGAAAUACAAGCUUGAACCAGAACCUUACCCUUGAACUAAUCUCAAAAAGAACAAAAAAGAACUAUGAAAGUUUUGAGAACACAACGCUGUGGUUACUUACUGCUGUACACUUGGUGAUCUUAGCCUUUGUCUUCUCAAAGGGGAAACCCUUCCGAAAACCACUGUAUACAAACUAUAUUUUUGUAAUGGCACUUAUAGGAGAGUUUACACUUACCUUGUUCUUCAUUUUUGGGGAUUUCAAGAAUAUGUAUGCAGUUUUGGAGACUGUCUGCACACCCACAAAAUGGAGGAUCCACAUGUUGGUAAUACUCAUUAUAUGUCUUGUUGUCUCUUUCAUAGUAGAGGAAUUUAUUCUGGACAAUAGAGCUCUCUGGUUGGCUCUGAAGAAAUGUCUAAAGUUAAAACCUGGUAGCACCUAUAAACAAUUAAGGGCAAUUUUAGAAAAGGACAAAACGUGGCCACCAAUUGAGACUACUGUGUACGCAAAAACCAAUGAAGAAUCUAAACAUUACUCUAAUCCAGCUUUUCAAAAGGAAGACAACUUUUAGUAUGAAAAUAGCGAGAUAAAGAUCUUCAAGAGGUGCAAAAGAAAAAAAACUCAGCCUAUAACUAUGAUGGAUGCUGCUUUGUGGCAAAUGGCAUACAUAGACUCUUAUGUUAUCAAACUAAACUGACGCUCUAUGGAAUUGCACAGAGGUCUUCACUAACAUACCUGAAUGAAGGGUCAAAAUAGCGCUUUUAUAAACUCUGUUGGGUGACUGGGGUCCUAGCAUGUGUUUUCUGUAUGUGCUAACAUGUUAUUGGUACUUUAACCUCUUGAGGACGAAGGGAGUACCUGUACGCCCUUAUCCAGCUCCCCUUCUAGGGGGCCAUAGCAGGGUGGUCUAAUGGUGGACUCAUGGCUAAUGGCUGACAUCACUGAUCAAGGUGAUGCCCGGCAUUAACCCCUUAGAUGCCGCAAUCAAAGCUAAUCAUGGUGUUUAAAAUGUUAAAAUCACUUUCGGGCUGCUCGCCGGUGCUUAUCGGGACAACCGCAGGGGAAACAGCGGUGUCCAGCCAUGACAGGCUGGAACAGCAGAGCACCGUUAACACUGAACAAUGCUAUGUUAUGGCAUGGCAUUGAACAGUGUAUGCAAUCUGAAGAUUGCAUGUAAUAGUCCCCUGUGGGGACUAUAAUAGUGUGUAAAAAAGUUUUUUUUUAAAGUUAAUAAAAGUGAUUUAACCCCUUUACUAAUAAAAGUUUGAAUCGCCCAUCUUUUCCCAUUAAACAAAAAAUAUGUAAAAAAUAAAUAAAUAUAAAUAUAUGUGGUAUUGCUAAAUGCAUAAACGUCCAAACUAUAAAAAUGUAACGUUACUUUAACAUACUUUAAAAUAACAAAAUCCAAAAUUGCAUAAAAAUGUAUAAAAUCUGAUCAAAAAGUCCCAUCAAAACAAAUGGUACCAAUAAAAACUACAGAUCAUGACUCAAAAAAUUAGCUCUCACAAAUCCCUGUACAUGAAAAAAAAAAAAAGUUAUAGGGGUUGGAAGAGGACAUUUUUAAACAUGCUAAUUUUCGUACAAAAAGUUAUCAUUAUGUAACAGAAGUAAAACAAAAUUAAACCUAUAUAAGUUGGGUAUCAUUUUAAUCCUAUGUACCUACAGAAUAAAUAUAAGGUGUCCUUUUUACAAAAAAGUGCAGUCCAUGGAAUUGAAUGCCCCCAAAUCUCCAAAAUGGCAUUUUUUUUUGUUUUGUUUUUUACAAUUUUGCUUCACAAAUGUUUUUUUUUUUUUUUUUUUUUUGGGUUUCGCCAUAGAUUUUUUGGUGACAUAAAAAAGGUUAUGAUAUGAUGAGGUUAAGGGAAGGAGGAAAAAACAAAAAUGAAAAAUGGCCGGUCCUCAAGGGGUUAUAGGAAAUCUUAUUCCCACUGACUAUUGUCAAGUCUUUCCUGUAGAAGUCAAUUCUCAUAGUCUGUCAAAAUUCUCUAUGUUGGAAACUGUAGGAGUAUUUUUUUAUAGAUGUGAAUAGAUAUUUAAACUUAUAGUGUUAUCUUAUAGUGUUAGGUAAUUAGAGUUCAAGUAUCAUAUAAUAAAAUGUUAUGUUGCUCAACAGUGUA